AUGUCGCUCACCUCGGAAUCCCACCUGUCUCACCUCAACAUCGUCCCGAAGUUGGCAGCCGACGGCUCCAACUGGAUUACGUACAAGGAGCGCAUGUUCACCGUCAUGGGCUCCCGAGGGCUGUUGCGACAUCUCCAGGGGACGGCUCGCAGGCCGCCAAACCCUCCUCCAUUCCCGAUGCCAUCGCCCGCGCAGGCCGCGAUGACGGCUUCCACGACGCCAGCCACUGCUGCGUCGACGACCGCAACCACGGGCACCGGCACGACAACGACCUCUGCCACCACGACACCAGCCGCCAGACAGGCCCAGUCUUCUAUGACACCAGAGGAGUACUUGAAGACAGUGGAGGCUGCUGAGCAGAAGUUGGAUGAGUACGUGCAGAAGGAAUAUGCGGCGCGACAGCAGAUCUACGGCACGAUCAGCGACCAGCUACUUCUUCGCGUGAAGAAGCUGGGUACCGCGGCGGAUGUAUGGCUCGCCGUGCAGAACGAGUACGAGAGUAAGUCCGAUAUGUACUCGGGCGCUCUGCGGACUCGUCUGCAGAACACAAAGUGCGAGGAAGGAGCCGAUGUGCGAGCCCACCUCGACACGCUCGCGAAGAUGCGCGAGGAAUUGGCGUCCAUGGGAGCGCCGAUUUCCGAUGCCGACUUCUCUGCUCAUGUCUUCGCGUCACUUCUGGAGACGUUCAGUCCACUCCUGCAGGCCCUCUCCACUGCCGCGCGCGCAGCGAAGACAACACUUUCUGCUGAUGACCUUCUGGCCAGCAUCCUUGAAGAGCACGACCGGCGGAAGGCACACCUGAAGCCAGAGUCCGCGCUCUCGGGCCACUUCUUGCGUGACUGCUGGCGCGAGGGCGGCGGAAAGGAGGGCCAGGGACCGAAGGACCAGUCACCAAAGAAGGACAGCAGCGGAAGCAAGAAUGCGAAGGGAAAACCCGCAGCAAACGCAGCUGUUGGUGACAGCGCGACUGACCACGCAUUCACUGCCACCUUCGACAGCACUGCGCUUGCUGCAAAGCCAUCCGAGGUCAAGGUCGAAGUCUACGACAGCGGCGCAACCCGCCACAUGUCCCCAUAUCGUGAUGCAUUUGUCACGUUCAAGGCCAUCAGCUUGAAGCCCAUCACCGCAGCUGAUGGGCGCAAGUUCCAUGCGACUGGCGAAGGCACCAUGAGGAUCGAAAUCCCAAACGGUGAUCAGUCAAUGACCGUGAUGCUCAAAGAUGUUCUGGACGCACCCGAGAUUGCAUUCGCCCUUAUCUCAAUUGCACGAGCGGAUGCUGCGGGCUAUUCCACCACCUUCGAGAAUGGCGAGUGUCGUUUAUACUCACGUCGACACUCCCGCACAAUUGGGCGCAUCCCCUCGACGAAUGGGCUGUAUAAAGUCGAGCACCCGAAGUCAAGGGAGGUAGCAUCAGUCGCAGAGGAGAGCAAAGAUGAGUGCGCUCUCGUCUCGCUCUCCGUCAUGGACUUCCACCGCCGCAUGGGACACAUUGCACCUGCAAUCGCUGAGCGUCUUGUCCGUGAAGGCCGAGUCAAAGGCAUACAGCUGACAGACAAGGCCAGCUCAGACAAGAACUGUGAGUCCUGCAUACAGGCAAAAAUCACACGCCAGCCAGUGCCGAAGGAACGAGAAGGAGGACGUGCAAAGGAGCUCGGUGACUGGAUCCACUCAGAUGUCUGGGGCCCGGCACGCACUGAAACCCUUGGAGGAAAACGGUACUUCACUUCAUUCACGGAUGAUGCGACGCGAUGGACCGACCUCUACCUGCUGCGAGUGAAGUCAGGCGCCUUCUCCGCUUACAAAUCAUUUGAGGCACGACUGAAGACACAGGAUGGCAAGGCCAUCAAAGCCCUCCAGUCAGAUCGAGGGGGCGAGUAUCUCAGCCAAGCAUUCAAGGAUCACCUUGAAGUGCAAGGCACCAUCUCCCGACUCACCGUCCAUGACACGCCGCAGCACAAUGGGCUCGCAGAGCGUAUCAACAGAACCCUGCCAGAGCAUGCCCGUGCGAUGCUGAUCACAGCAGAGCUGCCUAAGAGUCUCUGGGGUGAGGCACUUAUGCACGCGACGUGGCUGAAGAACCGGACAUCGACACGUGCGCUCGACGGGAAGACUCCAUACGAGGCACGCUAUGGCAAGCUUCCCGACCUCCACGACCUCCAUGAGUUUGGCGCAAAAGUAUGGGUACGCAUUGAAGAUGCGGACAAACUCGAGUCGAAGGCACGUGCAGGCCACUUCGUCAGGUAUACUGAUGAGAGCAAGGGCUACUGUGUGUACUGGCCCGAGAAGUGCAGCGUCUCAGUGGAGCGAAAUGUCCACUUCAUCAAUCAGCUCAUCAUUGCUGAUGAGGCUCAGCCCGAGGGGGCAAAGGAGACAGUCGUCCUGACCUCACCGGCAACACCUUCUGCACCCGCACAGGAGCCAGAAUAUGAGCCACGCACCUCCGAAACUCAGGCAGCACCUCCCGCGACAUCUCCCACUGCAUCUCUGACACCAUCCUCUGAUGCCACAGCAAAAGAACCUGCAAGUGCAAAGUCCGAUUCUGAGAGUGGCACCGGACGCUCGCAAUGCGCACGCAAGGCCUCUGCAUACGUGAAGCGUCUCAACGACGGCUCAGGCGUUAUGGAUGGGCGCAAGAGUCAGCCGAAGUACCCAAAGGGGCUCCAGCCAGGGGACUUAAUGGGUGCGACAGCCAUGACAGUUGAGGAUAGUGAGGACAGCGAGAGUGAGGAAGAUGAACCCAUCUUUGCAAUGCCAGCCGCAUUUGCAGUGCACGAAGGUCAAGAGCCGCGAUCCCUCGAGGAAGCCAUGCAAAGCCCGGACUGGCCGCAGUGGCAGCAGGCGAUUGAAAAAGAGAUGCAAAACCUUCGUGACCAUCACACGUAUGAUCUCGUUGAACCGCCUGAGAAUACUAACAUUGUCGGUUCAAAAUUCAUCUUCAGGAUCAAGCACAAUGCAAAUGGCGAGAUAGAGUCCUACAAGGCCCGUCUCGUCGCGCAAGGCUUCACGCAGGUGCCUGGCGUCGACUUUAACGACACGUUCGCACCCGUUGCCAAGCUCGCAUCGAUCCGGAUCAUCCUCGCACUCGCCGCACGCCACGACUGGGAUGUGCACCAGAUGGACGUCAAGGGUGCAUACCUCAAUGCUGAACUCGAAGAGGAUAUUUUCAUGAAGCAGCCACCCGGGCAGGCCAAACGCGGGAGGGAGCACUGGGUGUGCCACCUGCGACACAUGAUUUAUGGACUCAAGCAGUCGGGCUGCCAGUGGUUCAAGAAGAUUUCCACCGCACUUAACGAGAUGGGACUCUCACGCAGCCUUGUUGAUCACUGCGUAUUUUACCUGGAUGAAGACAAUGACUCCAUCACUCUGAUCAUCGCACUCUCCGUUGACGACACAACGAUCGCGGGCAUGAACAGUGCAGUACUCUGGUUCAAGACGGAAAUCAGCAAGCACUUUGAGAUGACUGACCUCGGUGAGAUGCACUGGAUCUUGGGCAUCGAGUUCGAGGACAUGCGGAACGUACCGUAUCAUGAGGCGAUUGGCUCGCUCAUGUACGCGGCACUCGGGAUGCGGCCAGACAUCGCGUUCGCGGUAAUGGCGCUCUCGCAGUUCAUGCAGAACCCGGGACGUGCACACUGGGAGGCCGCGAAGCGCGUCUUGCGGUACCUGAAGGGUACGCGCGAGAGGUGGCUUACUUACGGGCAGACGCGCGAUGGAGUCGAAGGAUUCUCGGAUGCGGAUUGGGGCUCGUCUGAGCACAGGCAUUCUAUCUCGGGGUAUGUCUUCCUCAUUGACGGCGGUGCAGUCUCGUGGUCCGUGAAAAAGCAGCCGGUCGUCGCGCUAUCAAGCACGGAGGCCGAGUACAUCGCGCUCACGCAUGCUGCGAAAGAAGCGAUCUGGGUGCGCUACCUUCUUGCUGACAUUCUCGACCCGGACAUCAAUAAAUUCGCCCUACGACUCCACACGGACAACCGCUCAGCUAUCGCGCUCGCGAAAGACAACGCGUACCACGCCCGCAUGAAACACAUCGACAUCCGCUACCACUUCCUGCAUGAGGCUGUCGACUCCGCCAUCAUCAUCCUGCUCUACCGUCGCACAGAAGACAUGCCCGCUGACCUCUUCACGAAGAGCUUGCCGCGUGUGAAGGUGGAACAUCUCGCAUCACUCAUGGGCCUCCAUGGCACUUGA